AUGGCGUCGCCUUUAGACCAGGUGGUCAAGGGCGCCCCAACACCGGAUGCUCGCGCUUCAACGCCAGAACCAUUGACUUCAAGGUCUCGAGGUCAAACCCCUUCAUCUUCUGCGCCUCGUUCCUCAACUCCAGACCCGCUAGCAAACUUACCCUCUUCCCCGCCCCAAAUUUACCUCAACCUCUUAAUCCUCGAAACCUCACUACGAGCCCAGUACUUAGCGCUUCGCGAACGUCGCCGCCAAAACACCUUCUUCCUACUCCUCCUCGCCAUUUGGCUUGCCUAUUUUGUAUACGCCCUAUUUCUGCGCCCACGUGAAGAUGGCCGCGGAGUCGGUGGCUCUGUCUACUGGGUAGUGGAGAUGGGGGAGAAAGUCGCCCUACUCGGCGGGGUGGUGACGGCCCUCCUAGUCUGGGGAACCGGACAAUGGGAACGGGGAAUUCGCUGGCCCCGGCGCUGGCUCGCAGUCUCCAAUCGCGGUUUGCGCACAAUGAACACAAAGAUCAUCGUCAUCCGCGGUCCCUUCUGGCAGGAGCUGCUCUCGUACAUCUCAUUCCUCUUCCCAUUCUCCGCUCCAUUCUUCCCCUCCCCGAAUGGUAACUACCAUUUCGUGGAGCAGCACCCUUCAGAUAAACGUUCUGGUAGUCGGCAGCACUACCAGUACUACAACGGCACAGACAGCGAAUCCGGCCUGGUGGAAGAAGACCUCAGCCCAGGAGGCGACUAUAUCCGUCUCCUCCUUCUACCGAAGUCCUUCUCUCCCGAAUUCCGCGAAAACUGGGACGAAUACCGCACCGAUUUCUGGGAGAAAGAAAACGAGCGCCGCGCUCAAAUCCGUCUCAAACUCCGCGAACGCGAGCACCACCUCGCCCAAACAGAAUCCUGGUUUACCAGGCUAGGCCUAGGUUGGCGUGCUUCCCAGCGCCGUCGCCUGGUAGCAGCAACAGUCCAUCGACCCAUCGAACCAGAAUUCAAACACCGUCUCACCCACUCCCACCACUCUAUCUCCAAAGUGUCCGAUCAGCGUGUCCCCUCUUCCCGCCGCCACACACGCUCAGAUUCCCACUCCCGAACUUCCUCCCGAAGCACCACCCCAGUCGAUAUAGACGACCGUCCCCCCUCCCGCUCUUCGACCUCCAGCCGCCCCCGUCGCGGAAGCACAGCGUCGGGACAGGAGACGCCGCAGCAGCGGAAGAGGAAAGGCUCCACGCUUCGGCGGGGCUUGUCGCCUCUUACGCAGGCGCAGAUUCGGGAGGGUGUGCGGACGCCUUCGUUCUCAUCUGAUGAUUCGAUCUUGCCUAUGGGUGUCAGUGAGAAGGAUAGGGAGGAGAGUUUGAUGAAUUCUGUUCCGCAAUUGUAA